AUGGCUACAAUUCCACAAGGGAAGGGAGAAGCAUCUGCGCAGAAUUCCAAUGAGAUUCACUCUCCACUGAGACAACCUGGAAGGCCUUUGCCAGAGCCGAGCCUAGGCAUGUCCUACGAGAACAACCAGCUUGGUCAAGAAUCUGCCGCACCUGAAUUGAAGCCAAGAUGGAGCGCUGAUGAUGCUAAAAGAGACGAAUACUGGAGAGGCUAUUAUGACCGGAAAAGAAGGGAGACCGAACGAGAGCGAGAGACUGCCUACUAUCCAGAUUAUCCUAGACCUAUGCAGAGAUAUCUCGAAUUUCCUGACGAAGGCGGGAGUACAAUGUAUAGGAGCACCUCAAGAGCAUCACGAGUACCGAUGUCUUAUCAGCCACGGCAACGAGUAACGAGGCCCAUGAGCGACAUGCCCAAGAAAAUACCAGUCGAACUUGAAGAUGACGACGAUUACGAUGAGGUGUACAUUGUCCGCGGCGAGAGAAAGCAUCCUCCUACAGGUGGGCCGCCACGAAGAAGAAGUCUAGAUUCGAGUGAAUAUCGACUGCCAUACACCAAGUGGAUGUCAAAAACACUGAAAGGGCAUUUCGUGGCUGCAAUCGGCGAGUUUGUGGGGACUAGUAUGUUUCUCUUCUUCGCAUUCGCUGGAACUCAGGUCGCGAAUGUUGGAAGCCAGACUGCACAGAACACGACCACAAACGCGCAGACUGGUUUCAGCCCCGAGGUGUUGUUGUACAUUGCUCUCUCUUUCGGUUUCUCGCUCAUGGUCAAUGUCUGGGUUUUCUUUCGCAUAUCCGGCGGACUUUUCAACCCCGCGGUCACACUGGCUAUGGCAAUGACAAGAGCAAUCAGCGCCUUCAGGGCUGUGCUUUUGGUUUCGAUGCAAAUAGCUGGCAGUAUAUUCGCAUCUGAGGUUGUGAAGGUCUUGUUUCCUACAGAUUUCAAAGUUCGGACCACUCUGUCGAGUGGCACAUCUCUGGUUCGAGGCGUUUUCAUCGAAGGGAUCCUCACCUUCGAACUCGUCUUCACUAUAUUUCUCCUGGCAAAGGAAAAACACAGAGCGACUUUCAUAGCACCAGUUGGCAUUGGUCUCGCUUUAUUUAUUGCAGAACUUGUUGGAGUUUACUACACAGGAGGUUCGUUAAACCCUGCCAGAUCAUUUGGACCAUGCGUUGUGACUGGUUCGUUCGAUAAAGAACAUUGGAUCUAUUGGGUGGGACCCGGAGCCGGCGCUAUUGCUGCCGUUAUCUUCUAUAAGUUCAUUAAAAUCCUCGAGUAUGAAAUUGCCAAUGUAAGUUUCAUAACGGAGUUUGGAUUCAUCAACUAA